UUCCCCUAUCUCAGAAAACAUUGUAUUGUCAUUGAAUGAAGACUAUAUUGACCUAAACGACAAUGAGGUAGAACUCCAUAACGGGGACGAACUUGCUAUCAUCCCACCAAUCAGUGGAGGUUAACACACAUCCAGAUUAAGCAACAUCUGAAACUUUAGAAGAUGAAUCACAUUGAGAUCACAGAGGAGAAGCUCAACUUGGAGAAGAUCACAGCCCUCGUCACUGCACCUUCGUGUGGAGCUGUAUCAGUCUUCAUGGGCACAACACGGGACAACUUUGAAAACAAGCAUGUUGUGAAACUAGAGUACGAGGCCUACAUUCCCAUGGCAAAGAAGAAAAUGGUUGAAGUUUGUGACCAGAUCCGAGCUCAGUGGCAAGUUGAACACAUCGCCAUUGUUCACAGACUUGGUGUUGUUCCUGUGACCGAGUCCAGCAUCAUCAUCGCGAUUUCCUCCCCACAUCGAAAGGAGUCACUGAUGGCGGUCUCCUACGCCAUUGAUACUCUCAAGGCCACUGUACCCAUCUGGAAAAAGGAAAUCUAUGAUGACCACAGUUCCGACUGGAAGGCUAACAAGGAAUGUGCAUGGGCAGCACCAAACAAACAAUCAUAAUAUCAGGUCAUAAUAACCUAAUAAUAACCAUAAUACCCAGAGACUUUGUUGGAGACAAAUGGCAUUAGGACAUUCUUCUUUGUCAUUAAUUUGACAAACUUCAUCAGGACAUUUUAGAUGACAAUCAAUCAGGGUCCUAGAAAGUGACCCAAUCGUUUACCCUGGAUACGAUUGUUGGUAACCGUUGUGUGAAAUGACGAUACUACUUCCAUGUGAUCAGAAAUAAUCAUCAGUGGUGAGGUUAUGUUGUGAUACAAAAUGAUACCAAAUGAUACAUGUAUAUCCUGUUCUGAUACUGCUAAACUUUUGUAUAGAAUAUUUGUUUACCCAAAACUUAGAAUAAUUUCAUACUAAUUGUAAUAUGUAAUAUCAUAAAUUGUCUUAUCAUAACAA